AUGGAUGUUGACAGGACAGAAGUGAUUCGGACUUGCAUAAAUCCCAUCUUCUCAAAGCUUUUCACAGUGGACUUUUACUUUGAAGAGGUUCAGCGGCUACGAUUUGAAGUGCAUGACAUCAGCAGCAGUCACAAUGGGCUGAAAGAUGCAGACUUUCUUGGUGGCAUGGAAUGCACUCUUGGGCAGAUUGUUUCACAGAGAAAGCUCUCAAAGUCCUUAUUGAAACAUGGCAACACAGCAGGGAAAUCGUCCAUAACGGUAAUUGCUGAAGAAUUGUCUGGCAACGAUGACUAUGUUGAACUUUCCUUCAGCGCCCGGAAAUUAGAUGACAAGGAUUUCUUCAGCAAAUCAGAUCCAUUUCUGGAAAUCUUCCGAAUGAAUGACGAUGCAACACAGCAACUGGUCCAUAGGACUGAGGUGGUGAUGAAUAAUUUAAACCCAGCCUGGAAGUCCUUUAAGGUGUCCGUAAACUCUCUGUGCAGUGGAGACCAGGAUCGCAGGCUAAAGUGCAUAGUUUGGGAUUGGGAUUCCAAUGGCAAGCACGACUUUAUCGGAGAAUUUAGUUCAACAUUCAAGGAAAUGCGAGGAGCAAUGGAAGGGCGACAGGUGCAGUGGGAAUGCAUAAACCCCAAAUACAAAGUCAAGAAGAAGAAUUACAAGAACUCCGGCAUCGUCAUUCUUAACCUGUGCAAGAUUCACAAGAUGCAUUCGUUCUUAGACUACAUCAUGGGGGGCUGCCAAAUACAGUUUACAGUAGCGAUAGAUUUUACAGCUUCCAAUGGUGAUCCCCGGAACAGCUGUUCUCUUCACUAUAUCCACCCUUAUCAGCCGAAUGAAUACUUGAAGGCACUGGUAGCUGUUGGGGAGAUCUGCCAAGACUAUGACAGCGAUAAAAUGUUCCCAGUCUAUGGUUUUGGAGCCAGGAUACCUCCGGACUAUAAAGUCUCUCAUGAUUUUGCAAUCAACUUUAAUGAAGACAACCCAGAAUGUGCAGGGAUUCAAGGAGUUGUCGAAGCCUAUCAGAAUUGCCUCCCGAAGCUUCAGCUGUAUGGGCCUACGAACAUUGCGCCCAUCAUUCAGAAGGUGGCGAAAUCAGCAUCGGAGGAAACCAACACAAAGGAGUCUUCGCAAUAUUUCAUCUUGCUCAUUCUGACGGAUGGCGUCAUCACAGACAUGGCCGACACCCGUGAAGCCAUUGUCCACGCUUCCCAUCUCCCCAUGUCGGUCAUCAUCGUUGGAGUUGGAAAUGCCGACUUCAGUGACAUGCAGAUGCUUGAUGGAGACGAUGGGAUCCUGAGAUCUCCCAAGGGAGAGCCUGUUCUUCGUGACAUUGUUCAGUUCGUGCCAUUCAGGAACUUCAAACAUGCAUCCCCAGCUGCGUUAGCAAAAAGCGUUUUGGCUGAAGUUCCAAAUCAAGUGGUGGAUUAUUACAAUGGGAAAGGGAUUAAACCAAAAUGUAUGUCAGAGUAUGAGUCUUCCAGGACACUAGCUCCUUGA